CGGCCUGGGGUACCGGAAAGGCGUUACGCGAAUCCCGGCGGCAGCGACGGGGCCGCGCACCGCGCACGCAUGCCCCCGCCCUUCUCAGGCCGAGCCGGGAUCGUUAUGGCGGUCGUGGCCCCGGCGCUGGCUCGGGCCUUGCUCCAGCAGUGCACGUACGCCAGGCUGCAGGUGAAGCCGCCCGAACACGGCGCCGAGGCCGAAUGGGUGGAGAUCCAGAGGGGGCUUGUUAUCUACAUAUGCUUCUUCAAAGGUGCUGAUGAAGAUCUUGUUCCAAAAAUUGUUCAUAUGCUGUUGAGUGUUAAAUUAAGUGAAAAUGAAAGUGGCGAGUAUGUUUCUGUUCUUGAUUUACCAGGCGAUGUGCUAAUCAUACCACAAGCUACUCUAGGUGGUAAACUGAAGGGAAAGAAGAUGCAGUACCAUGCAAACAUUGAAAAAGAAAAAGGUUUGGAACUUUAUUCUCAGUUUGUGACUUUGUGUGAAAAAGAACUGUCUGCCAGCACCAGAUGUGCAGAGGCAGGGGUUCGGGUCAAGCAUGGCACGUAUGGAAACAGGCAGGUGUUAAAACUGGAUACAAAUGGACCUUACACUCAUCUGAUUGAAUUUUGAAAGAAAUAAAUGAUGUCCUAGAUA